AUGGAGUCUGGAGACGGUCGACUCAUCAGUGGAAGAAACUCUCUCAAUGGAGGUCUCCCGUUCUCCGACUGGAACACUCCGUCCCCCUCAGACCUUCCCGUCACUUUGGUCUCGGAGAAGGACAACUCCUGGCUCUACACGCUGGACCCCAUCCUGGUCACCAUCAUCGUCAUGUCGUCGCUGGGCGUGCUGCUAGGAGCCGUGUGCGCGGGGCUUCUUCUGUACUGCACAUGCUCGUACAGCGGCCUCUCCACGCGCUCCUCCACCACCCUCGAAAACUACAAUUUCGAACUCUACGACGGACUCAAGCACAAGGUGAAGCUCAACCAACAACGCUGCUGUACGGAAGCGUGA